AUUAUCCAACGGGGUUCUCUAAAACCAUGGGUUCAUAGUCCGAACAGCUGUUCGACGCAGAAGCCGGUUUCCAUAGCAAUCGAUGGCUGCGACUUCCAUUUUCAAGUUUAUCACCACCGUCGCUACAACACACAGCAUCCACCGUUCGCUAGCCGGAACGAGCUAUUCCCAAAAGUUUUGCUUAAAACUCCAUCAAAAAUCCUUUGCCGGUUAUUCGCGCACCAUGACGACGGGUGCCUCCUGUGUUCGAGAGACUGAAGGAGACCUAUUCGGUGCUCCGAAAGAUCAUUCCCUGGCUCACUGCGUGGCGGCCGAUCUGAAGAUGGGCGGCGGUAUUGCGGUUAAGUUUAAGCAGGUAUUCGGCAAGGUAGACGACCUGAAGGCGCAGAAGAUCGGUGUCGGAGGGGUAGCGGUGUUGCGUGAUCCACCACGGUACGUGUAUUAUCUCGUCACGAAGAACUCCUCCUAUCAGAAGCCAACCUACGCCGAUCUGCGGAAAUCGUUGGAAGCGAUGCGAGAGCACAUGGCGGCGAACGGCGUCGGGAAGCUAGCCAUACCACGUAUCGGAUGUGGCAUCGAUGGGCUCGAGUGGGACAAGGUGAAGGAGAUGCUGAACAGCGUGUUCAGUGAGGAGGACACCGGCGACGGUGGAAAGUACGAAAUCGUGGUCUACAAUUUUGUUCCAAAAUGAGCACCGUGUCCACCGUUCCAGCGUAUACCACACACCAGCGUAUGUUCCUUGCUUUCGGUACAAAUACUUUCGAAUCGAAUGAUGGCAAUAAACAGAAAA